AUGACAGACAUCUCAGAUGAUCAGGUCGAUGAGCUGCUGCGUAAAGCUGAGCAGCGCCUGAAAAAUGGCUCUGCUUCUGCUAUCGCAACCACCAACUCUACUGCUAUAGUCCCGGUCGCCGCUGGCGACGCUGCGACAGAUGUCAAGCAGCAAAAGUCUUCCGACAGCAGCAGCAAGAAAGAUGGCCUGACUGUCCGAGCACCCCCUCAACCGCAAUUAGGACUCAAGGUCAAGGAAAAGUCUACCGCAGGCGCCGACUGGUUCGAUCUUCCCAAGACGAACAUGACCCCCGAGUUCAAGCGAGAGUGGCAAGUCCUCCGCAUGCGAGGCAUCCUGGAUCCCAAGCACCAGAAGAAGGCCCUCCGUGCGAGCGCUCCCGAGUACUCCCAAGUCGGCGAGAUCAUCGAGGGACCUACCGAAUUCUUCAGCGCCAGGUUGACGCGCAAGGAGAGAAAGGGAACUCUCCUUGAAGAAGUCACACGGGGUCUUGAUAGCCAUAAGUUCACCGACAAGUACGCUGGCAUCCAAAAGCAAAAGUCCAGCGGAAAGAAGGCGUUCUACAAGAAAAAUGAAGUGUCAUGGAUCACCCGUCGAACACAGGCCUCUUUGGCCAAACCAGGAGAUCUCGUACCAAAUAAGCUAGAGCCCAGCAACGACGACCAAGAACCCCGUUAUCCUCGAGCGAUCGAGGCCCUGCAUCUCAAGCCUCUAAAGCGAGAGGCUGAGCACGGCAUCCCCUCAUGCGAUCUUCAGCUCCGAUCUUUCAGCGUUCAGCCCCUCGAAUUCUUCUCCGAUUUUGCUCUAAGAGCCGCAUACUACCUCGGACUCCCCGCUUACGGACCCGUCCCUCUUCCACGCAUCACAGAGCGUUGGACAGUCCCACGAGACAACUUCAUCUUCAAGAAGUCGCAGGAGAACUUUGAGCGAAAGACGCUACGUCGGCUAAUCCAAAUUCGUGACGGAAACCCCGAGACGGUGCAGCUGUGGCUUGCGUACCUCCGCAAGCACCAGUUCUAUGGUGUGGGAAUGAAGGCCAACAUGUGGGAGUUCAGCGAGUUGGGUGAGGGCAAGAAGAUGGACGCUCUACCAGAGGCGGAGAAGGGUGAGAUUGAUUCCAAGUGGUCCCAUCUCGGACAGACCAAGACUAUUGGUACUAUGGAGAAGGUCGAAGAGCUUCUGAACCAGAGACGGUUCCGGGAGGCUGCUGGUCUGAAGGUGCCUCCCACAACGGAGGUGGUCAUCUUCUCGGGCAUCCAGCCUACUGGGGUGCCUCAUUUGGGAAACUAUGUCGGCGCUCUACGACAAUGGGUUCAGCUUCAGCGCACUGAGCCAGAUGCCAAGCUCAUAUAUUCUAUCGUAGAUCUUCACGCUAUUACCAUGCCACAGCCGCCGGAGCAAUUGAGAAGGAGAAAAAGGGAGGCACUCGCUGCUUUGUUGGCGAUUGGCAUCGAUCCUGAGAGAGCCACUUUGUUUUAUCAAUCUUCAGUGCCGGCUCAUUCAGAACUUAUGUGGAUUCUCAGCUGUACAGCAUCUGUUGGAUAUCUGUCAAGAAUGACACAAUGGAAGAGUAAACUCAACCUUGGUGAUAAGUCUACAAUAGAUGAUAAGCAAGCUAGUUCACGCCUCAAGCUUGGUCUCUUCUCAUAUCCUGUCCUGCAAGCCGCCGAUAUCCUUGUUCACAGAGCAACUCAUGUUCCGGUUGGCCAUGACCAACAGCAGCAUCUUGAAUUUGCCCGCGAAUGCGUGACAAACUUCAACGCAGCCUACGGAAACCAUCUCGUUUCCCCUCAAACUCUGAUCCCCCCGGUCCAUAGAGUGAUGUCCCUCAACGACCCAACGUCGAAGAUGUCCAAAUCACACAAGUCUGAAAAGUCACGUAUUCUCAUUACCGACUCCCCUGAAGACAUCAAGGCUAAGAUUGGCUCCGCAAAAACGGAUUCCAUACCCGGUAUCACCUACGACCAGGGUGAGCGGCCGGGCAUCUCGAACUUGUUGGAUAUCCUGAGCAUCUUUGACGCCCAAAGCAGAAAGGGCGUUGAACUUGCGGAUCAAUACAAUGACAUCAGCCCCAAGCAGCUCAAGGAAAUGGUCACUAAUGCUGUAGUUGGUGGUCUGGACGGUGUUCGUGACAGGUAUCUUGAGUUGUUAAACAAAGGAGAUGAGUAUCUCGAUUCAGUUGAGAAGAUUGGUGCUCAGAAGGCGCAGAAGAGCGCUGAUGACACUAUGCAAAUCGUUCGAGAUGCCACGGGGCUUUAA